ACUGAACCUUACAUUCCUACAAAGCUUCCAUAAUUUCUCUGCCUCCUUGCCCAGAAAAAAAGCUUAUUAUAGAAGAAAUCAAAUUCUUUACACGUUGCUUUUACUGUGUAAGUCAUACUCUCACAUACCCACUUGUUCACAAACACGGAUUCCUUUUCCUUUUCUGGAUUCCUCUCAAACUUUCCUGAAAAUCUCCAUUUUUUUCCGUUCGAUUUUGUCUGUUCUUACAUUAGUUAUCUUCUUGAAUUGAGUUGUUACUGGUGGGUUUUCUUCUCAUACUCGUUUUGGAUGCUCUUUCUUCCAAGAUUUGCUUGUUUUUGCUUCAUUCAUUCUGGGAAUCUUAUCUGGUCGUUUUCGCUGUUCAUAAAAGUUUGUGUUUCAAUGCGGGUCUAAAAAGGUCGAAUAUAGACCACCAAGCAUGUUCUCUGGUCCAGUGAAGUACAAGUACAGCGAGCACCGACGGCAAACCAGGAUGUUUGGGCCGGCUCCGGCUCCGGCUGGUGGGUUUUCCGGCAAGAGAAAGUUGUCGGAGGUGAAUGGUGGUUUGCCUCGAGUUGUACGGAUAUCCGUCACUGACGAUGAUGCUACGGAUUCCUCCGGCGACGAAGGAGAGCCCGAGCCCUCCGGUGGGCGGCGGAGAGUGAAGAAGUACGUGAAUGAAGUGACGAUUGAGCGGUGUGGAGGAGAUAGCUAUGGAAAGGGGAAAUUCGACGGCGUUUUGAAGAGGCGGAAGGCGGCGGCGCCGCCGUUGAAGAAGAAGAAGGUUAAUAAUGUGAGCAAGUAUCGCGGCGUGAGGCAACGGCCGUGGGGCAAAUGGGCGGCGGAGAUAAGAGAUCCACUGAGACGCGUACGGCUGUGGUUGGGCACGUACGAUACUGCCGAAGAAGCCGCUAUGGUUUACGACAACGCGGCCCUUCAGUUGCGUGGCCCUCACGCGCUCACCAACUUCUCCGUACCUCCCGCAACCGUCGAGAAGCCGGCUGAGUCCCUCUCCGGCUACAACUCCGGCGAGGAAUCUCACGCCAGCCGCCGUUCUCCCAACUCCGUUUUCCUCUUCAACUCCGAAGCAGAUUCCGAGUCUAUAUUCGCCCACCCAAACGACGUCGUCAUCCCCUCGGAAAAUUUCUCAAGCUUCUCGCCGUUUCCGGAUCACUGGUUCGAGAACCCGAUCCACGAACCCGGUUUAUUCCACGAACCGGGUUUCCCCGACGAAAUUUUCGGAGAAAGCUGCACUGAGAUGUUCAUCGGGUCAAGUCAUGAUUUCGGACUCGGGUCAUCCACCAGCCCGGCGGACGAAUACUUCCAAGAUUUCGAAGACAUAUUCGGGUCGGAUCCUCUCGUCGCCCUUUGAGAUUCCAGAGACUCUAGAGAAUGUUUAAUAUAAAUCAGUUUUGUUUAAGGUUUGUUAAUUAGGAGUUAAGUACGAUGUAGUAGUAAAUACUAAAUAGUAAUUAAGCAAGUCCGUUAAAUUAACGGUGACGGACAUGUUGUUUUUGUGUUU